AUGACGGGCGGUCGGUUCGACUUUGACGAUGGCGGCACAUACUGCGGAGGCUGGGAGGACGGCAAAGCCCACGGCCACGGUGUGUGCACGGGACCCAAGGGCCAGGGCGAGUACUCUGGCUCCUGGUCCAACGGUUUUGAAGUGGUCGGCGUGUACACCUGGCCCAGCGGGAACGUGUUCCAGGGCUACUGGGCGCAGGGCAGGCGCCAUGGACUCGGUGUAGAGACCAAAGGGAGGUGGAUUUACCGGGGAGAGUGGACUCACGGGUUCAAGGGCCGGUACGGGGUCCGGCAGAGCCAGAACACACCGGCCAGGUAUGAGGGCACGUGGAGUAACGGACUGCAGGAUGGCUACGGCGUGGAGACGUACGGCGAUGGAGGUACUUAUCAGGGUCAGUGGACUGGUGGAAUGCGUCAUGGCUAUGGUGUACGUCAAAGUGUCCCAUAUGGUAUGGCCUCUGUCAUCCGCUCUCCACUCAGAACCUCGCUGGCUUCUCUCCGCAGUGAGCAGAGUAAUGGAACAGUAUUGCGCGACAGCCUGUCUGACAGCCCAGCUGGCACACGUGGUGGCUUCGUACUCAACUUUCACUCAGAUGGCGAAGGUUCAGAGAAGAAGAAGAGUCUUUUCCGACGUGGCUCUCUCUUCGGCAGCCUUCAGCGACUGCGAAAAUCAGACUCGCGCUCGUCGAUUUCCAGUAAACGUAGCUCAGCACACAGUGACACCACCAUGAGCCGCAUCAGUUCAAGUGAUGCCAACUCCACUAUUAGCUUUGGAGACGGAGAGCCGGGCGAUGAUUACCUGACUCAGGAGGACAAUGUGGAUGCCCUCACCACUGAGUCCUACAUGGGCGAGUGGAAGAAUGACAAGCGCAGCGGCUUUGGUGUCUCUGAGCGCUCUAACGGCAUGAAGUAUGAAGGUGAGUGGUUGAGCAAUAAGCGCCAUGGCUAUGGCUGCACCAUCUUCCCUAAUGGCACCAAGGAAGAAGGGAAGUAUAAGAACAACGUGCUGGCCAGGGGCAUCAAGAAGCAGCUGAUUCCACUGAAGAACGCCAAGACCAAACAGAAAGUGGAUCGAGCCGUCGAAGGAGCAGUGAGAGCAGCAGCCAUCGCCAAGACCAAAGUGGAGAUUGCCAUCUCCAGGACGUCCCAUGCUCGUGCCAAAGCAGAGACUGCAGAUCAGGCUGCACAUUCAGCCAGUCAGGAUUCAGAUAUUGCCAGAGCUGUGGCCAGAGAGCUCUCCCCAAGCUUCCAUCAGCCAGGCCCUGACUACGUACGACAGAAGUACAAUGAGCCAGUAGAGGUAAAAGAGGUUCCUGUGGAAGACAAGAAAGAAAAAUCUCCAUCAGGGAGCCCCCAUUUCUACCGGAAAGGAACAACACCCAACCAGUCUCCAUCUCCGAGCCCAGGCCCCAGCCCCACUCCUUCACCGGCUGUUGUCAAGAAGACCUUUUUUAGCAGUAAAACCAACACCCCUGCAAAGCCUGCUGGGAAAGAGAACAAAACCCCUGCAGCUGAGUCUUUGACAGCAGGCUUAACAAAAGCUGCAUCAAAACUUUCUCUCAGACAGGAAGGGAGGCAACAGGAGGCUCCUACAGUAGUCAAACCAGCUGUUACCACAGCAGCCACCAGCAUUUACCCCAGCAAUGGGCAGAUUCACUCCCAGUACCAUGGUUACUAUGUCAAGGCAGAUGUCAAGAGUCCACCACCCGAUGAUCCAAUUGGUGUAGAGGAUGACCUUCACCCAUCAAGCCUUGCUCAGUUGCCACCAACUGCCAAACAGAUUCAGACACCAGCACUAAAAUCCCUGCCAGCCCAGAGUCCUUCACCAGCUCCCCCAAAAGAGAGCACCAAGGCACCAGAACUUCUAAAGCCAAAAAGACUGGAAUCAACCAAACCAAGGAGCCUUGCAGAAACCAAGAAAGCCAGCAUGGAAAUUGCUCCUGAAAUUGUAGAGGAGGAGUCGGGCCCUAACUCCAUCUUGGUGGCUCUUGUGAUGCUGUUGAAUGUAGGUCUAGCAAUAAUUUUUGUCCAUUUCCUCACCUGA